UAGCCUUUGUGGACAUUAGCCCAACAAUUUCAGUUUCUCAUUUAGAGUUCUACACUGAAAAAUCAUUUGUUUCUACUUGUCCUCUUUUUCUAUCAUCCAAAAUGUUUUCAACCUCUUUUUAACUGCUGUUACUACUUUCGCUUUAAAAAGCUGUGCUGUCUUAACCCAGGAUUGGUUAAACCCACUACAAGUGGACUCCAAGCCAGUUUUUGUGCUCCCUGAAACAGUCAUGACUGCCAAAAAUGGAUGAAACAAUUCCCUGCCAUGUUGAGAAAUCCUGCCAGAAGCCAGUGGACAAAUAUAUAGAAUAUGAUCCUGUCAUCAUCUUAAUUAAUGCUAUUUUAUGCAAAGCACAAGCUUACAGACAUAUCUUGUUCAAUACAAAGAUAAAUAUUCAUGGAAAGCUUUGCAUAUUCUGUUUACUUUGUGAAGCUUAUCUCAGGUGGCUGCAGUUACAGGAUUCAAGUCAAAGCACUGAUCCUGAUGAUUUAAUUAGAUAUGCCAAAGAAUGGGAUUUUUAUCGAAUGUUUGGAAUAGCAUCUUUGGAACAAACUGCCUUUUUGACUGGCAUCUUCGCUGCUCUGUGGUUAGUAAGAUCUGUUGUCCUGAAAAACAAGGCAAAUUUCAUAUUUCUUCUGAAAGCAUUGCUGUUAUCCAGCUAUGGAAAGCUUCUACUGAUUCCAGCAGUUAUUUGGGAGCAUGACUACACUCAUUUAUGUCUCAAACUCAUUAAAGUGUUUGUCUUGACAUCCAACUUUCAAGCAAUUAGAGUUACUUUGAAUACCAGCCGCAAACUGUGUCUGAUGGUCAUUUUGAACGGAUUAAUUUUCGAAAAUGGCAUAAUCUACUUGUUCCAGAAAAUAGGAUGGAAUGUCUGAGGCAAUCCUGUUUCCUUAUGACGCUGGUGGAAAUAUUUGAAGAUGUAGAAAAUAUUGUCUUCAAUAUUUCAUUCACUUCAUCAUGGGUCAGUACCUGAUAGUUCUAAACAAAGUGGUAAAGAAAUGCUGAAUGUAAAUGAAACUUUCUAUACCAAACCAACCAAUCAACCCAUACUAAUUUAGGAAUGAUGCACUGAUAUUUAAUUUUUAUAAUUUAAUUUUGUUAAUUUUGAUGUGGAUGGAGUUGUAUUAAAGUAAGAAUAUUGUUGUUGGAUAUAGUUUCAGACUGUGUAGCUAUGUUCCCUUUUCCUCCUGCAUGACUUUGUAUUUAAAAGAAAAAGCUGUGUGACUGUUUUAUUAUAAAGAACAAAGAAGAAAAUGAUCAUACUAUAAAGAGACAAAACAACUUUAAAACAACAGGAAAAAAGCCAGCCUGACUCACAGGUGUGUUCUGACAGCCACACCACACACAAAAUAACAUUAAGCUGGCUUUGCAGAAAUAUUGCUUUGACAUCUCUGGCAAUUAUGCUACUGGAAACACUGGAAACAUAUGUUUAUUUGUGGAGUAAUCAUACUUUUAAGUUGAUAUUUACAGAUCUUCUAAAGAAUAAGUAUAAUUUUGUGGACUUGUUUGUAAAUCUUUAGGUUUCUUAGAUUUAAAGCCCCCCCCCUUUUUUUUAAGAAACAGAAUUAGGAUUGUACCCACUUAUUUAGGAGUGAGCUUUAAGGCAGUCAAGUUAAGAGAAGUAUGCAAAGGAUUGAACUAAUACUAUUUAAUUUUGUUAUUGCUUCUUUAAAAGUAAGCUUGGCAAUAUCAUCCCAUGCAUGCUUACUCAGAAAAAGUCACACUGAAUUGCACUUACUCUCAAAUAAGUAAAUAUAAGCCUAUAGUAUGUGAUUUUAUUCUGAGCUUCACAAGUUACCUGCCCUGAGCAUGAAAUGAAUCUGCACUAAAACUGAUUUGAAAGUUAGUUUUAAAUUAUCCCCUCUUGAAAUGGCUCGAGUGGAAAUAAACUAUGUGAUUGGCACUGAGAAGAAAAGUUCUAAUUUAUAUGAAUGUUUAAUUCCAAUUCCAAACUGGAAUCAGUUUAGGCCAGUACAGGAUAAUAAGAGUCAAUGUUGUCUGAUUUAAAUUAUUUUAAAGCUAAGCAGGUUUUGGAUGUGUAAAACUAUUGGUAGAUUGUUCUCUCUUUAGCACUUAAAGUUUAGUCAAUACCAUUCUUACUGGGAGGAAAGUAAUCAGAGGCACCUGGAACAGAGUUUAUUAGGAAUAAUUAUAGGAAACUAUUAACUAUGAAAGUAAUUUCCUGUUCAUCUGUUGUCACCAAACCAUGCAAGUUGGCUAAGCUGUCCCUCAAUUUGAAUAGAAAGCAUAUCUGGCUUUGCAACUAUGUUGCAUUAAAUUAUGUGCAUAGAUAUUAGAGAAUUUUAAAAUAUUUAAAUUAUAGUCAUAUAACCAUUCGAAUUCAAGGACUUUACCCUUUGUCAAAAGUAAGUGUGGUUUUGCUAAGUAAUACCACAAGUACUAAUACAGGAAACAAAGGUGGGCAAGAUGAAUCUUCAGGAUUAAUAACUGAACAACCAACCAAAUGCCUCCUGAUUUCUUUGACUACAAUAUGAUUGCACUUGAUUAUUGAUUUUGCAGUGUUAUGGAUAUGGCAUCUGAGAUGAUGUCUAAUUUUUAUAUUUGCUUGUUUUCUAUGUUACAUUUCAACUAAAACAGAUAAUACAGUGCAGAGCACUGACUUUUUAAAACUUACAGUCUGAACAAAAUAACAGGAAUGCUGUGUAAAGUUAACAAUAAAAAGCAGAUGGAGUAUUCCUCAAUGUUUAACUUUAGAAGCUUAGGCUGGGAUCUAAAAACUGUGUAAUUUUCUCUGAAGAUGGGUUGUGAUGGUCCCAUAUGAGAUUUGGAGGUUUUUAGUUUAGGUUUCUAUAUGCAGGAAAUACUGUACUUUUUGUGUAGAAUUGGUACUAUAAAGUAGAGCUGAAGCUAUCUGUUAAAUAAAUAAUAAAUCAUCUAGACCAAGGAUUCCCAAAGGUCUGGGGACCAUUGGUGGCCCUGAAGUUGUUGCAAGUUUCCCUGAUGGAAGCUCCAGAAAAAUAAUGUAAAAAACAUUUUUUAAAAUUACCAAUCACAGACACUUGCCAAAUUUUGCAAGGUGAUGUUCUUGCUUUCAGCAUAAUAAGAUGUGAUGAUCUUGCAAGGUAUUAUUGGAGAGGGGUCACUGUUGUUCUGUUCAGAACUAGGAUGAUCCGUGAAUAAGAAUGGCAGAAAUUGCAUUGUUUUCAUGGUCAGACUGUUUCCUAAACUAGCUGGACUAUCAGAUUAUUGUAAUUUCCUGGUUUUAGUGGCUGAUUAAUUUAGAAAGCUAGACUGAACUUUGAAGAUUAUCCUGUAGCGUUCACCAAUAUAUUUGUCAAGCCACUGAUAUCUGCCUUGGAAGAUUAUUCUUGCCAUCAUGAUUGAUUGAUUAAUUGAUUGAUUGAUUAUGUGCCAUCAAGUCAGUGUCAGUUCUUAGAAACCAUAUAAAGAGAUUUUCUCAAGGAUGAUCUAUCCCCAGUCAGUUCCUUCAGGGCUUCCAAUGUUGCACCCAUCACCGCUGGAAUUGUGUGCAUCCACCCUGGCUUUCCUUCUACAUUCCCAACAUUAUAGGCUUCUCCAGACAGCUAGGUCUUCACUUAAUAUGUCCAAAGUAAGAUAAUUUGAGCCUGUUCAACUUGUGCCUCAAACAAGAAUUCUGGGUUAAUUUGUUUAAUGAUCUAUUUGUUUGUUUUCUUUUCCAAUUUUAAAACCAUGC